ACUCUUUAAACUUUAUUUCUAACAUUAGGGACUCAUUGUGUCUCUUCUUUUGUCCCUACAGGUUUGCUGUGUGUGUGUGUGUGUGUGUGUGUGUGUGUGGCCUUGUGCUGCUGGUUUCUCAGGAUGCCAAACCCAGAUCACUGAAUCCUUCCUGAUGCUUCUUCAGCACCAUGAGUAACAACAGAACUACCAGGUACAGCAUUGUUUCUCCUGAUGAAGAAAGGCUGAAGAUCUCGACUCUCAGGCUACACAACGGCCACAGCUCGCCCGGGAGUGCCAUAAGCAGCGCCAUGAGCAAUGCCAUUGGUGCCUACAACAUGGCGAACACCUUCAAUGGGAAAAUCUCCACGAGAGGGCGUGGUCAAGUCCGGAGCCGCUUCGUAAAAAAAAACGGCCAGUGUAACGUUGUUUUCUCCAACUUAGAGGACAAACCGCAGCGCUACCUGGCUGAUAUAUUUACAACCUGUGUGGACAUCCGCUGGCGCUACCUCCUGCUCAUCUUCUGUGCAACAUUUAUAGUGUCAUGGCUGAUUUUCGGAUUGAUUUUCUACAGUGUGGCCCUCACACAUGGAGAUUUCAACCCCAAUCGUCAUUUGAGGGGGCAAUCCGGGGCAGGAGCACCAGGUGAGGAGCAUCAGAAGGAGUGGAAACCAUGUUUGCUCCACGUGGAAGGUUUCCUUGGUGCCUUCCUGUUUUCAAUCGAGACUCAAACAACGAUUGGAUACGGCUGGCGUUGCGUCACCGAGGAGUGUCCGGUUGCUGUGGCAACAGUGGUAGUCCAGUCCAUCUUGGGAUGCAUUAUUGACUCGUUCAUGAUCGGUACCAUCAUGGCCAAGAUGGCGCGACCCAAGAAGCGAAACCAGACACUACUGUUUUCCCAAAAUGCCGUUAUAGCGCUGCGAGACGGGAAACUGUGCCUCAUGUGGCGUGUCGGAAAUCUUCGGAAAAGCCACAUCGUUGAAGCUCAUGUCCGAGCACAGCUAAUUAAACCCAGAAUGACUGAGGAAGGCGAAUUUAUCCCACUGGAGCAAACAGACCUGAAUGUGGGUUAUGAUGAAGGAACUGACCGCCUUUUCCUCGUCUCACCUUUGGUCAUCGUCCACGAAAUUGACGAGGACUCGCCACUUUGGGCCAUGAGCCGCUCUGAUCUGGAAAACAAUGUCUUUGAGAUUGUUGUGAUUCUUGAGGGAAUGGUAGAAGCCACUGCUAUGACGACGCAAGCAAGAAGCUCAUACCUCUCCCACGAGAUCCUUUGGGGUCAUCGGUUUGAGCCGGUUGUGUAUGAAGAUCAAGAUCGCUACCAAGUGGAUUACGCUCGCUUCCACAAGACCUACGAAGUUCCCUUGACUCCAUCAUGCAGUGCAAAGGAGCUCAGUCAGUUAGCAAGUCAUCACUCAUCCAAAGCAUCGUCACAAUCCGGGACGCCAGCAAGUCGCAGGACCCAUUUUCUGCGAACUCCAUGCUCGCCCAGCGCAUUCUGUUAUGAGAAUGAAGUGGCUUUGUACUCUGGGGAAGAGGAUGAUGAAGGGAUAAAUAGGAAUAAUGUGGAGGAAGGUCUGACAACACUAGACACGGAUCUGCCAGGACUAACCACGACUGGCAUUCAACCAGAAUUCCAGAAAAUGUACCAGGAUCCUCCUGCAGUAACUUCUGGAAGCAAUGUCCUCUGUGUGCUGGACAUGGACAAUCAGAUAGAGUUUGAUAUUCUUCAGACGUCCAUUCCUCUUGAUCCUCUGACAUACAAGAGUGAAUCAGAGAUAUAAUACUUUGGGAUUGCAGGUGACUGGAGCUGUUCCACAACCUCCUCUCGCUUUAGAAUGGUGAACUAAAAUAAAGUUGAUCAAGGGAAACAGGAUUAAGGGUUACCACUCUGGAAUUUUGCACAAUUUCCUGAGAUUUGGAUUUGUUGGUAAACUGUAUAUAGGGACAAUCUGCCUGCUUUUGAGUUUCUUUAUGAGGACAUGACAAUCUUUUUAUGAGAAAUUGUGACAAUCUUGUGAUCCUGAAGGUCUGCAAAGUCAUUUCAGUUGUUUAUCUGAAUAGGGAUAAUGAAAACAAACAAAUACACAUAAACAACACCAAAAGUGGAAGAACAUCUAACUUCAACUAAUAACAUUGGAUAGAUUAGAGUUAUCCACACCUGGGGCAUCAUAACCAUUCAUACGUGCCACGUACAUUUAUUAAUAUAAAAUAUACUUACAUUAAUUUGUUUAUAAGACCAUUACAUCACUUUCUCUCACCAGAUAGUUUAACCUGUGGCUCAUGAAAACGCCGCCUUUCGCCUUUGUUCAGUUCACUAACACUAUCGAAAACUCAGCUAGCAUAGAAAACUGGUUCCAUCUGUGAUAGCAUAGAGAACAGGCUAAUGCUAAACUAGCAUUGUACUAAACAGGCUAACACUGAGCUAACCUUGUAAUAAACAUGCUAAACAACUGACUUCAUGGUAUAAAUAAAUAUGUACAAAUAAACCUUAAAUUAUAA